AUGGUGUCAGCUGCACGGGCGCUACUUGCGGCUGUCACUAGGGUCCUUCUUUUAGCGGAUAUGGUGGUUGUGAGACAAUUACUAUUGGCCAAGGACAAGGUGGCACGUUCAUUGGAUCGUCUGGAGUCGGUGUCCAACUUUGCAGAGUUUGUACGCGCGUUCACGGAGUUUGGGGGAAGUAUGGUGGAGCUUGCACGACUUACGGCGGAGCGGAGAGCAGAUUUAAGGGAUGAGAGGCGGAGGGCGCAGGUAGCAGCAGCAAGGAAUGUACUUGAACGGUCUACAUUAAUGCUUCUUACGUCAUCUAAGACGUGUUUAAGGCAUCCAGGGAGUGCAUCGGCGCGAGAAAAUCGAGAUACAGUUUUCUGUCAAAUGAGGCGAGCUAUGGAUCUAAUACAUUACGUUGUACGAGACGGACUUCCGGGACAUGAAGAGCAAUCACAAGAGUUGCAACCUUUCUCGGACAGUCAAGAACAGGCAGCUCAAUGGGAAGCAGGAACGGCGUUAGGUGCUUUAAGGGGGCUGACGACGCAGGUUCGGGCAGCAAGAGCAAGGGGUGGCGCUGACGGAUCACGGAGAAGAGCCCUAGCGGCAACGUUGAGAGCUCUAGUCGAACGCACACACGACUUCACAGACUCCGCCUAUACCUCGCACGAACAUCGACAAAGGAUACUGGCCUUAGCUGAACGAAUAGCUUAUGAGUUGGAGAGAUUAGUGUCUGUUGCUGUCUCUUUAGAGGAACAGGGUGUAAGUGGUACAUUAGCAGCAUUGGAAAGCGCUUGUGCGGGUGCAACCACUGCUGCGGGUGAAUUAGAAAGAGCCUUAGUCGCUGCCGCCAGGGAUCAAGCGAGAGACUUGGCUUCCCUAGCGGAACAGGCCAGAAAAAUAGCUACAGACCUCGCGCACAUAGGUAACCUUCGAAGAAAAAUAGCUAGUUCCUGUGGUGAGAGAGAAUCAGAGAGACUGCACAAUAUAGCCAGCCAGCUUCAUGAGCAAUUAGAUCAUAUAAUUGAGGCAAGUUACAGACUUAUAAAAUAUCAUCACAGUCUUUACGUUAAAUAUAUUAUGUUUUACAUUAUAAGGGAAUAA